AUGCAAGAGCUCUCGACUGUUUCGUCUCCUGUGGCUUUCCCCCACAAAGCUCCGAGUUUGGACCUCACUUUUGACUUCACCACGUCAGAGGAAGUCGCUCCUCUCCCUGUGCAUGAGGUGGAGCUGCAACGGGCGCGUCGUCGUCGUCAUGACAAUGUGCCAAACGAUGUUUACCUGCAGGAGUUUGUGGGGAUGUCGAAUAUUGUGCGGGAGGACACGCUUGACCCUGUCUGGCAAACGAGUUGCUUGGACUUUACCGACUCACUGCGGGAAUACUACGGCGACUCGGAGGACGCGGCAUACCGAGCCUUCCGGGAGAAUAUGGUGCCAUUCUUAAAGUGUAAUGAGUGGCUAAAACGCAAUCGUUUUGCUGAAGAAAGCGUCUACGAGGACUACAAGCUGCUUAGACAAUUUGAAGACGACGCGCUCCGCAGUUGCGACUCCGACGACGAAGACACCAUCGUGGAGGCAGAGGUAGAGGCGCAAUCGGAGGCACACCAGGCGUCUCUGCAGAAACACCGACAUGACUACUGUUCGCAGCAACUAGGGCGGCGUCUCUUGGAGCGCCGCCAAAGCUCCGUUGGCACAUCGUUGACUGCGGGAGCGGUCAUUGAGAAGGAAGAUGCACCAGCGGACGUCCCAUUGCAGCGGCAGUGGAAGGGAAAAUCGUAUAGGGAAAGUUUUAUGGGUGUGCGUGAUGGAAGGUAA